CGCUCUGUAGAGCGUGCGGAGGGAUACACUGUUUUAACGUCACCGGUGUGCUUAGGCUCUCGCCAAGGCAAAAAUGUCUGCCUAAGGGAAACUCGCAACUUAACCAGUGUGGAUAUUUUGCAAAAAAAAAAAAAAAAAAGCUAAUUACACAGAUAUCGACUUCGCUGUCGUUCAGACGCGCAUUAAAGAAAACUACAAUCCCUUUGCCACCCCGACCUCCUCUAGUCGGAUUUUAAACACGAAAAAAAGGUAAAAUUAUUGUAGCGAGUUUGCAAAGGUUUGGACUGGCUGAAAGAAGUUGGGAUACAGAAAGACUGGAGCUGUUAUGGACUGAAUGAGUUGUAGUAUCUUAAGGAUGAAUCCUCAGCAGCGGAUCACCGCUAUAGGGACGGAUAAGGAGCUGAGUGACCUGCUGGAUUUUAGUGCGGUAAGCCACUCUGGAUGUUUUCACCGCCGGUGAGCAGCGGUAAAAACAGGCCGACGACUCUAGGGAGCAGCCAGUUCACCGCACCAGGUAUAGAUGAGAGGACAUCCGAGGCAUCUUGGGCCGCAGGUGGCCAGUCCAGCCCUUCCUAUGAUGAGUCCUCCAGGGGUUUCACAGACAGUCCUCAUUAUGGUGAUCACUUGAGUGACAGUCGAUUAGUGUCCCAUGAAGGAUUGUCCCCGACACCUUUCAUGAGCUCCAGCAUCAUGGGUAAAUCUGAGAGGCCUCCAUUUCCUGCUUAUGGCAGAGAGCCAGGUGUCUCUGGAUGUCAGUCCACUUUGAGGUCAGAUAUGGGGUUGGCCAGCCCUGUAACCACAGCCGGAAAGUCACCAGCUUCUUUUUACUCCUUCACCGGCUCUAAUCCACGAAGACGCUCUCUCCAGGACUCCGCUCCACUGGAUCCUAUACAAACAAAGAAAGUACGCAAGGUUCCCCCUGGCCUGCCAUCGUCUGUGUAUGCACCGUCCCCCAACUCAGACGACUUCAAUAGAGAGUCUCCUUCCUAUCCUUCCUCUAAACCUCCCAGCAGUAUGUUUGCAAGCACUUUUUUCGACGCAACCCACAACUCUUCUGACCCGUGGAACUCAUCCAGUGGUAUAAACCAGCCAGCUUACGGUGGAAUGCUGGGAGGAUCUUCAUCUCACAUGCCACAGUCAGGAAACUACAACAGCCUGCACUCUCAUGAUCGCCUGAACUACCCCCCGCACUCUGUUUCCCCCACGGACAUCAAUGCCAGCCUGCCACCUAUGUCCAGCUUCCAUCGCAACCCCGCUAGCAGCUCACCCUUCGUCACUGCAUCCCACACCCCACCAGUCAACACCACAGAGGGAGUUAUGGCUGCAGCCAACAGAGGUAAUGCAACUGGAAGUUCUCAGACUGGAGAUGCACUGGGGAAAGCACUGGCUUCGAUUUACUCUCCUGACCACACCAGCAGUAGUUUCCCCUCUAACCCAUCAACCCCUGUGGGCUCACCCUCUCCGCUCACGGCCCAAGCAGGCGCCACCUCAGCGGGUACAGUGGUGACGGCGAGCGGCCCGCCUGGAAGAGCAGGUACUGCCCAGUGGUCUCGGACAUCCGGACAGACCCCAUCCUCCCCGAAUUAUGAGAAUUCUCUCCACUCUCUGAAAAAUCGUGUGCAUCAGCAGCUGCAUGAGCAUCUCCAGGAUGCCAUGUCCUUCUUAAAGGAUGUUUGUGAGUCUCGCAUGGAGGAUCGUUUGGACAGACUAGACGAUGCGAUCCAUGUCCUCCGGAACCAUGCAGUAGGUUCUACCACCUCUCUGCCCAGCGACAUCCACAGCCUGCUGGGACAGGCACACAACGGACAAAUCACAGCCAUCGGCACCAAUUUCCCCACGUCCGGAUUGGUCACCAGCAGGACAACAUCUAUGGGUCCUGCUCAUCGUGAAGAGUCAGUCAGUCUGAAUGCAAACCACACAGGGCUGCAGAGCACCCCGGGGCCAACCUCCAGCACCGAGCUUAAUCAUCAGGCUGACACAUUCAGAGGCCUCGCUGGUAGCUUGGCAUCUCAGGUGGCUUCAGCUCUGGAGCUUAAAAUUGAGAAUCAGGACAAGGACGACAUGCAUGAUAACCACUCGUCUGAUGACAUCAAGUCUGAUGAAGAGAGUGAUAAAAGGGAUAUUAAGACGCCUAGAGGAGGGACUCGAACAAGCAGCAUUAAUGAGGACGAGGAUCUGAACCCGGAGCAGAAGGCAGAGCGCGAACGUGAAAGGAGAAUGGCUAAUAACGCACGAGAGCGGCUGAGAGUCAGAGACAUCAAUGAGGCAUUUAAGGAGCUGGGUCGCAUGUGCCAGCUUCAUUUGAAGAGUGAGAAGCCCCAGACCAAACUGCUCAUCUUACACCAGGCCGUUGCUGUCAUUCUCAGCCUGGAGCAGCAAGUCAGGGAGCGGAACCUGAACCCUAAAGCAGCCUGCCUCAAGCGGAGAGAGGAGGAGAAGGUUUCUGGUGUUUCAGGAGAACCGCAGCAGACUCAUCCAUCCGUUCACCCUGGGCUUACAGACACAUCCAACCCCAUGGGCCAUCUGUGAGCACAAGGCAGAUCAAAGUGAUGCAGAGAGAGUGUGUAAGAUUGCAAUGGUGACCUUGCUUUCUAAGGGCAGACAGGACUCACAGCUUGUGACACAAAUUUAAAAAGACAGAGACCACUGCAAGCUAAACUCCAGUCAAGCAACCCUGAGCUCGAAGAAAACUGGCAAACGCCAAACUUCCUCCAAAGUCCAAAAUUGUAUAGCAAAUUUCCGCCCCCAAGAAAAAUACUCAACAAAAGCCGAAAGCCCUUCAGCACAUAUCACUGUCCGCAAAGCAGUGUCACAUCUGUACAAUCAGAGACUGUCAAUGUCCCCCUCCACCCUCCACGUGGAAGUUGCAUUGUGCCUAAACUGAAUUGACGAAUGCAUUGUAACAGCAAUUGUUUUUUUUUUGUUUGUUUGUUUGGAUUUUUGUUUGUUUUUGUUUUUUUGUUUUGUUUUGUUUUUUUCCUAUUUAUUAUGUUACUGAUCUAUAAAGUCUAUGUUUAAAGGGAAAGUCAUGACACCGCUUUAAGAAGCUGUUUGGCAUUUCAGUAGAUCUUCAGUUUGCCAAGUUCUGAGUGAUCCUGCUGGAGCAACACCGUGGAAGCGAUGCGCUGGGCCGUCGCACAGAUUUAAAGCAUCCUGCUCAGACGUCACGACCGUGGCGUUUGAAAUGAAAACGUACUUCAAAGUCUCAUAUGUCCUCCCCUUUUUGUCUAGGAAAAAAAAGAAUAAGAAUUAAUAUAUUAUUUAUAUUUAUGAUGGAUUCAUUCCACGAUCAUCGUCACCACCAGAAAUCAAAACUACCUAACGAUUCGUGUUUAGUUGUGACACACACAGUUUAGUGCAGUGGACAGAUGCGAAUGUGGGGGCUUUUUUUUUGUUGUUGUUGGUUUUUUUUGUUGCACCUUCCCCUGUGCAGCAGAUGCAAGGCCCGCAAUGGCAAACUGGAGCUUUACUGAAAGGUCAGAGGUCAACCAGAGGCUGACACAUUAUAGUCGUUACUAAAUAGUUCAGAUCCCGAGAGCAGACCAGUUACUACACCCUAGCAUUCCCUGCAUACUUCAUAGUGUCUUAACGGAAGGAAACGAAGAAUUAAUCCCGGGUUCUUUGAAUUCUUCAGCCAUAUAGUGUUAAGUGGGAAGAAAAUGGCAUAUUUCCAUUUAUUGCAGUUUGUUGGUUUUCUGAUGUUAUGUUAUUGGUCUCUGUUUAUUUGAACAGCAGUGGUCUUCUACACUUAGCCUCAAGCCGAGUAAUUGGACAUAGCUAAUAUCAGACAGAGUAGACUUAAAAACGACGACCAUAGCAUCACCUGGCCUGAAUUGAAGUUUUGCUUGAUUUUCUUUCUGUCUACAAAAAAAAAGACAAAAAUCACAAAAAAAAAAUCAUUAAAUAACCACAACAUUAUAUGUUUAUUUGUAAUUGUAUACAAAGCAUCUUUCUAGGCUUCAUAGUAAAGCGUAUAUUGUCCUGCGUGAAAAUAGAAGAAAGAUAUUCUAAGUUACUUAGGAUGGAUUUGUCUCUCCCCAAAGCAGUGAAGUACUUGAUACUGUGUGUGUGUGUGUGUGUGUGUGUGUGUGUGUGUGUGUGUGUGUGUGUGUGUGUGUGUGUGUGUGUGUGUGUGUGUGUGUGUGUGCGCACGCGCGUGUGUGCGCGAUGUCCAAAAUUCACACGCUGUGACAAACAAAAUCAGCAACCAGGCGAAACCAUGAACAAAAGCAUUUUUUUAUAUCAUGAAUCAGCAUCAAGUUUUUGUUUUUUUUCCUGUGUAUUGUUUCUUAUUGAACAUAUUUUUGGUCUGAUAUUCUUGGUUCUUUCUCUUGAGAUUCUUUCUUUCUCCCAGCCCCCUUUUGUCUUCCAUAUGCAUGCUCAGCUCCUCAAACAAAACUGCCACAUCAGAAAGAAAAAGUCUGAGGAACAAAGAAACUAUCGCAGAAAUCUAGACUGGAAACCAUUUUCUGUCUACAAUCCCUCAAACCUUUUCUCUUAGUUUUCCUUUCUUUUUGUCCCUUUUUUAAAAUCCUCGUGAUAUCUAUAUUCGUCUUUGUGGCCUUGUUAUACAUUUCAGUAUUGAAGAGCUUGUGUUGUUGCUGGCUAAGUUUCGAUCGAGGUUCUGUGUCAUCUUUUUAUUAGCUGCCUUGUGUUUUUUUUUUUUGUUUGUUUGUUUUUUCCUCCUGCAUUUAUUUUCUGCUUUUUGUUCCUUUUGCUCCUCUGUUGGAUAUGUUAGACUUUGCUGUAUGCCAUCAUGCUUUCCCUCAUAAAAAGUAUAUGAAAAGGAUAAAAAAAAAAAAAAACAACAAAAAAAAAACAUUUGGCUUAUUUUUCACUGUAGUUAGCCUUUUAUACAAUAAUAUUGUAAGAACAUUUCUUGAAUUCUACAUAUUACUCUUUCUAGAUUUUUGAAAUCAAAAGUUUUGAGUAAAAAUUUUCUUACUUUAUUUUACUAUAUUAGAUAGUAAAAAAAUGUACGGUUAUUUACCAUAACCUGUCCACUAUUAUUGAGAAUUUAUGAAUAGCAUCUUAAGAGCAUAAAGUAGGAUUGUAGCUCGAGGUGUAGUGUGUAUGAGGUGUCGUACGAGCUCGAUGUUCUAUAGGAUGUGCUCUGAUCUCUGGCUCUAGUCUGCAUUGUUGGUGGAUGAACAGAUUUGUACCCCUGUCCAAAUCCAAGGUAUUGUCAAACAUCAAGAAUUUAAGAAACCAGCAGCAAAUAAGUAAAUUUCUUUUCUGUCUCUUGUAACAGAAAACACAAUAUGUAUAUAACAUUUAUGUAGCAAUAAAUGUGCCAUCUUUUUUAA